AACAGUAGUUGUGACGACUUUACCUGCUUCCUCCUGCUGAUCGAACUCUCUGAUAUCGAUUGCCCAAGUCUGCUGUGUGAGUCGCGGGAAAUUAGAACUAAAUCGAUGCCUGUGCCAUCGAUCAUCAAAAUAAACUCUCAUGGACAAGCUAGCGGAGUGAGUGAUGGAGAGCAAUGUGGAGGAGCAGCUGAAGACAACACUGCACUAUGAUGACAAGGAAAAGCUCCGUAAGAAGUUGGAACUCUUACAAAGGGAAUAUCUCAAAACAGCCCAGAGACUCCAGCGAGCUGAGCGUUUGGAUGCCGUGCGUCGGCAUGUGAAGAGCAGGAUCUCACAGCAGAACCACCAAGACCAGAGUGACCCAGAGGUCAAACCUCAUAUCAAACCGUCAUCACUGACGCUGAACUCCGCCAAUGCAUCACAAGUUCCAGCAGAUCCUGAUAACUCGAGAAGUAGCCAGGAGAUCAGGUUCCUAUUCCCCUCUGAUGCUGCUUGCCAGAACACCCCAGAUCCCAGUCAUGAUGCAGAUGGAGGGCACAGACCCAGUUCUGCCCUGCGCCUCAGGUCUUGGCGCAGCCGUCUACGCUGGGAAAGGAAGAGUGCAGAGGCCUCCAUGCUCACAGACAACAGUGGGGAUGGUAAAGGGCAGAGUGAGAAGAUUGAAUAUGCCAAAGAAGAGGGAGAAGAGGAUAAAGUCAAGUCUGAAAGAGAAGAGGUUGUGAAUGAAAGUGAAACGUUAUUUUCUGCUUCAGAGACACAGUCGUCCUCUCUGCUGCUUUCACACUGGAAAACACAUGCACACACUGAAAUAGGAGAUAUGCAGGGAAAAGAGAUGCAAGGGAGUAAUGAACUAGGGGAAAUGGAGGUAGCAGCUGAUGAGAAAAAAGGAUCAGAGUUGGUCAAAUUUUGGAAUGCUGCUGAAGAAAGUAUUAAAGGUUGCACACUGAAUGGAAAAAUAAAGGAGAGAGAAGGAGAUGUGGACCAAAAUACAGCGGAUAAAGUAGGACAUGAGAAAAGUGACAAUAACAUCAUUGAAAUAAAGGAAGAAAAGAUUGGGAAUGAAAAGGAUGAGAUGAGUGUUGGUCUCCUGGACUCCUGUACCCUCGUGGAAGGACUACUUUUCCCAGCAGAGUACUAUGUUCGAACUACAAGACGUAUGACAUCGUCACAGAGUCAGCCUGACAUACAGGCUGUCAUUCUCUCCCAGUUGAGCGCAGGCCGACAUCGCAGGAGCCGCGGCCGUGGCAGAGGAGUCAACAGACACACACAUAGCAGUGAAUGUUCGGAUCAACACAUACGGACUGAAAUCUCCCCUCUGACAAUUGCACCUGUACAUACACCAUCACAAGUGAGUACUGUUGAUGCGUUGGAUGAGCUCACUGGUAACAGUCCUAGCUUCAGCGAGAUUUCAAAUGAAAUCUCUCACAGUGCUACUCCAAGAAGAGGCAGAAAGAGAAAAAGAGGCAGGGGAAGAGGAAGGACUCCGACCCCACGAUCCUCUCUUAUCCAUCAAGCAGCUUAUGUAAAGACCUCAGAGGAUCUCCAACCCACCACCGUCCCUGUCUCCUCUUCACAAUCUCUCCAUGCACCUGGUAAACCAAAGCCACGUCACCCUCUUGGAGAGCCUGUUCCUGUGGCAGAUGAUAGUCAGCCUGCGUCCACUGCUGCAGUUAAUGAAGCUCAGAGCAGCCCGGCCUCUGGAGAGCUGCAGAAGCUCUUUCCCAUCUUUCUGAAGAGCAGCAGCAGGACAAACGCAUCCGCACAGAUAAUUCAGAGUACACCGAGCUGUAGUUCUCUCCUCUUGCCUUCCUCUCCUUCUGCCCACACUUCUCUUCUUCCUCUGUCAUGGCUGACCUCUGGCUCGCUGCUCAGAAACAUGAGGAAUCUUGACAUCCACCAAGAUUUUCAUCUCCCUGAUGACCAGUUUGCCUCUCUGAAGCUGCACAAGCUCCGCAAAGUUGCCAUGGAAUUAGAACAUUUCACACCUCCCUCUUAUAACACUCGGAGUAGCAACCGCUACGCUCACCUCUGCCCCAGCCCCAGUGACCCUGUGAUGUCACUUGCCCUCCCACUCAGCCUCACGCCCAUGAUUGCAAAUUCACAAAAACAGGCUGCUACACAGUCUGGAGAUGAACAAAACAUGCCAGUAGGAUACUGUAAACUUGCAAAUCCAUCUUUAGCUAAAGAGCCAUCCAACCAAGAAAAUACAGAGACUCAUAGAGAAGAAAAGACUGAAAACCUGAGUGCAAAGACUCACAGCACCUCAACAGAAUCUGUGAUAGUGGUUCAUGAUUUUGCUGCUGAUUGUUUACAUCAAACUUCAGAGCAAGACACUGAAACUCUGAAUGUCUCAGCCAGCAACACACAAACACCUAGUGACCAGAAUGACAAACCUCAGCUUCAUGUCAGUUUUGUAGACAUGUGUGUAGAUAAUGUGAAUGAUUAUGAAGUCAGACAUUGUGCUGGGGAUGUAUCUUCUUUGGAGGAUCAGAGUACUUCAUAUCACCAAGGAGAAGACAGAGCUGUCAUCAAAACCCUUUACUUUGAUUGCACGCAUCAGGAAAUGCCUGGGGAGCCUUUUAACAGCUGCACUGCUGCACAGACAUGUAAUGACAGUGAAGCUUCAGGAAAGUCUCCUGCGAAACAUCCUGAUGUGAAAACUCCUGACAAAGGCCUUAAUGAGACAAGUGAAGCCGCCACACAUCCUCCUAAAGACAGCGCAGAGGAAAAUCAGUGUUUACCACACCAAAGCGUCCACUCUCAGCUCCUGCUGAGCCCCACACUUGCCUCAGCACCUUACCCUUUCACAACCACAUACCUGCCCCCCUCAGCUCUCAUCUCCAGCCCUACACUUCCUUCUGUAGGACUCACCCCCCACCGUGUUUCCACUAGGCUCCCCCUGACCUCUUCUCCCUCUGCGCCAGCUCUCACUCUGCCUCCUCCCCACAGUCCAGCAUCUUUAACCCCCUCCCCUCCCACUCUCUCUCCCUGUCAGUCCAUCACUUCCAUCCCACCUAGCCAGCCUCUCAUCCGCAGUCACAACCAGGCUUCGUUAGAACCACCAGAUACAGGCAAUCAUUGUCAGGUGGUGGAACCAGCUUCCUGUCCAACUGAAUCCUGCAUCCAGUCACAAGGCACGAGUGGUCAGGAGACUGCAGAACAACACGUGAUGAGAUGCAUGGACACACUGAAGGCUCCAGCAGGUGGCUGUCUGGUGGACACGUGCUGUCUGCUUGGACCCUCAGGCGGGUUGUGUGUUGCAGCAGCAGGGAAGUGGGCAGUGUGUGUGUGGAGUCAGACCCCAGCUUCUGACUGGAACUUAAUACACACCUGGACCUUCAAUGAUCCUGUGAUAAAUGUGUCUCCCAUCCCUGAUGCUGCUGGACUGAUGAUUGUGACUUUGGGUCAACUGGAAAUCAGAGAAGUGAGGUUGCUGUCGUGCUCCAGCCUCAUGCAAGUGCUGCUGUGUGAGGGGGUUGUCCAGGCUGCGUUGGGUGUGUCCAAGUCCAGGGUGGUGACCUCCUCCCACUCAACAACCGGUUCAACCCUGCAGGUGUUUAACAUAUCAGACCACGACAGCACACCAAGCUCUCAGCCUCUUGUGUCUCCUGGAGUUUGUGUCGGGGCCCUCGCUUCAGUGGAUGGACUCUCUGAUGCUGUGCUUGGCACAGAUGAGGGGGGGCGUGUCUUUGUCUGGAAUUUAGAGACGGGACAGCUGCUGCGUAAAAUCGUCCUCGGUGACGGUUUAUCACACACAGCCUGUCUGAGAGGAUUCUCGUCCUGUGGAGUGUUAUUCGUACUGCUGCAGCAUCAGUCGCUCAGCUCCCCGGACGAACAAGAAAAAGAGGCCAAAGGAAAAGAUGGAAUCUCUUCAGAGGAGGAAGAGGAAACUAAGAAAACCGCCUUGUUCUCCUUGCUCGCCGUUAACCCGCUGAACAGCAAAUCUGUGGUGGCUACUCGACUGUAUCCACCCAAAGCCUGGUCUGGCAGACUAUGUGAGGCCGAUGUCAGCAGCUCCAGAGUGGUCGGUCUGAGUCAGAGCGGCUGUGUGUGCGUGUGGGAGCUCGGGCGACAACGGGCCACCAGGAUGGUGUGGGCUCCUGAGGGCGAAGGGUGGCAGGUAGCUCGCUGGGGGGGACGAGACACACUGGUGACCGGUCAUCUCAACGGAGAUGUCACUCUACACUGCUACAGAAAACUAUAAUAGACUCUUAAGUUCCUUUUAGCUAAAGCAAAGCUCUUUCCUGCAUAUUUCUAUAGAUUUUAACAUGGGACCUUUAAAGUUUUAACCUGAAUUUGUUGUAAAAAGGUUCUAGGUUGCUCAAGAAUAGGAAUUCCACUACUGUAAACUGAGUACGUUUGCGCCCCACUGUUCAAAUGUUAUUUUGAAAAAUUGAACGAUGCUACAAACUUGCUUGUUUUCCUCCCACCGGCGUUGCGUUUAAACACUGGAUGUCUCGAAACUGAACUAUUUCUACUUGAUGGUGAGAUUUCACCUUUUUACAUCCCGGAAGCCUCAUCCUAAAAAAACAAGUUUGUGUUUUAUUGCUGUUGCUUAUUUGAUGCUGUAUGUUAUCAUAUAUUUAAAGAAAAAGAAGUGUUGCCAAAGGUUUGUUGUUUUUACAUUACAUUAAACAUAAAUGUGAACUCAG